AUGGCCCAGCAACAGGAUGACAAUGUGAUGCGAAGAAAGUUGGUGAUCAUCGGCGACGGCGCUUGUGGGAAAACGAGUCUGCUGAGUGUCUUUACAUUGGGUUACUUUCCUACACAUUAUGUCCCGACAGUAUUCGAGAGCUACGUAACAGACUGCCGGGUAGAUGGCCGGUCAGUCCAAUUAGCGCUAUGGGAUACGGCCGGUCAGGAAGACUACGAACGACUGCGACCAUUAGCCUACUCCAAGGCGCACGUUAUCCUGAUCGGAUUCGCCGUCGAUACACCUGAUUCUCUCGAGAACGUCAAGAUCAAGUGGAUUGAGGAAGCAAACGAGCGAUGCCCCGGCGUACCAAUCAUUCUAGUCGGACUGAAGAAAGACCUCCGCGAGAACCCCGGGGCGAUCGAGGAAAUGCGCAAGAAGUCUCUUCGAUUCGUAUCGCCCAAGGAAGGAAGCGAGACCGCAACGCAGAUCAAGGCCCGGAAAUACCUCGAGUGCUCCUCCCUAACGGGCGAGGGCGUCGACGACGUCUUUGAGGCCGCAACUCGCGCCGCGCUCCUCACCUUUGAUAAGCGGAAAUCAUCAUGUUGCAUUGUGCUAUGA